CCCCCCAAAAUUCCACUCCCGUCCAGUAGAUGGCGGUAGCAACUUUACUCGACCCGAAGAAGAACUGGUUUCUGAAACACAUGGUGACCAUGAUCACCUGUGAUCGUUUCUACAUCUUCAGUCGAGUAAAUUGAAUAUUUUUCUACUUUAUUUUUCGUUUUUUAGCAGCCAACAUCAAUUAUUUACCGUCAUGGUGCGAGCAAAACGUAAUAUAAAAGUGCCGAAGCCCAGGAAGACCGAACAGUAUGAUGAAGAUGACCCCAGAGCAUACAGUAAUAUGCCAGUCCCUGAUAAGACUUCCUCCGAGUUCACAAAAGACAAGAUCGACAAGUUUCAUGAUGAGAAGAUCGCCAACCUUCUGGCCCGUGGCGUCCAGAUGGAGAGUGACGAAGAUGACCUGGACGAUGAGGAGGAGGUCAUGGCCCUGGAUGAGUCAGAGUCUGAAGAGGAAGAGGAGGAGGAGAAUGAAGGAGAGGAGACGGAUAUGGAGAGUGAUUUAGACGGGAAAAAGGAUGAAGAUCUUCCUAAUGAACUGGCGUGGGGCACCAAGAAGAGAAUGUUCUACGACUCGGAUUACGUCGUCAGCAAAGGAAAAUCUAAUGAAGAAUUGGAGGCCGAAGAGCGGGAGGAAGAGGAGGAGGCUAUCAGCAUCCAGAAACGUUUAGCUGCAAAUCUGAGCGAAGAGGAUUAUGAUCUCAACUUUUUUCAGGAGUUUGCUGAAGAGGAGAACAAAGUUAAAGCGGCUGAAAAGCAGGAGAGGAUUGUGAAAGACCUGAAGCAGAUGUCCCACAAAGACAAGAUGAAACUCCUGAAAAAAGAAUCGCCCGAGUUACUUGAACUCAUCCAAGACUUCAAGGCAAAGCUCAGCGAGCUGAAAAAUGAGCUGCAGCCGCUUGUUCAGAUGGUCAAGGAUGGAAAAAUCCCUGCAGGAAAGGGCGCUGACUACCUUGUGACCAAACAGCAGCUUUAUCUGAAUUACUGCACAAACAUCAGCUUCUACUUGGUGCUGAAGGCGAAGCGGAUCCCGGCACACAACCACCCCGUCAUCGAACGACUGCUCACCUACAGGAACCUCAUCAAUGAUCUCGGCGCAGUGGACGCUCGGCUCUCACCGGAGUUUCGUAAACUUCUAUCCGGUGACCAGAAAUCCACCAACAGACCAGCUGAGGGCAAGAAAACUAAAGUCCCUGAUAAAGAGGAGAAGGAUCCUGAUGACACGCUGCCCGAGUCUGUAGGCGACUCCGACUCUGACCUGGAUGAAGAAGCUGCUUUGAAUUUCUACAGAGAAGUGGAGAAACGAGUGAAGCUGAAGAGGAAAAACAAAGAUCCAGAAGCUGAAGAGGUUGAGGAGAAUAACGGCGAUGAUGAGCAGCAGGAUCCAGACAACAAGAGAGGAAUCACUUAUCAGAUGGCGAAGAACAAGGGGCUGACGCCGAAGAGGAAGAAGAUCGACCGUAAUCCCAGAGUCAAGCACCGAGAGAAGUUCAGACGGGCCAAGAUCCGCAGAAAGGGCCAGGUCCGAGACGUUCGGCGAGAGGAGCAGCGGUACAGCGGGGAGAUGUCGGGUAUUCGUGCAGGCGUCAAGAAGAGCACCAAGCUCAAGUAGCCGAGUGUUUGUCCGCCGCCGUUCCUAAUCGUUACAUUAAAACAGCUGAAAAUAAAACAGGACUUUUCCAACUUGAAUAAAAAGUUUUAAAAUCUA